CGGCUGAAUGUGCUGAACCCAGCUACUUUUAGGUAACUUCUUCCUCAUUUAAAAGACGUGGACAUGAACAAACAACCAUUCGCUGGGUGAUCGGCGCUGGUCUUUUAAACAGUGUCGUGUGUUUAUUAUGAAUACGGUCCGCGAGAAGCUGGGGUCCAUUCCGCUCCUGUUCGUCAAAGGCAGGUCUCUCUCUGCUGUCCCCAGCUGUUACUUUCCUGUCCCCCGGACUGUUUUGCAGUUUUUUCGAACAAUGGCUUCUAAUGAGAACAAAACCCCAGAGACGAGACAACCCGGUCCGAAGAAGGCCAAGCAGAAGGAGCCCCUGCGGCGGGUCAAGACCAAAGAGGACCGGGUCCGGCGGGGGGAGGGCCACGGACCGUCCACCGCCUACGUGCAGGUGGUCGGUGCCGGAAGCAGAGACAACUCGGCGUCCCUGUACGUCUUCUCCGAGUACAACAGAUAUCUGUUCAACUGUGGUGAAGGAACACAGAGACUCAUGCAGGAACACAAACUGAAAGCUGCUCGACUAGACAACAUCUUCCUGACCAGACUGAGCUGGGAGAACGUGGGCGGCUUGUCGGGGAUGAUAUUAACCCUGAAGGACACCGGUGUCCCGGAGUGCGUCCUCUCAGGACCUCCACAGCUGAAGAACUAUCUGAACGCCAUCAAGUCGUUCUCUGGCCCUCUGGAGGACAUCAAGCUGUCGGUGCGACCCUACACCGAGGAGGCGUACAGCGACGAGACGAUGACGGUUCACCAGGUGCCGAUCUUCGGUCAUUUGAAGGCCGACGGCAGGAAGUUCUCCCCAAAGUCGGGCGCGAGCAGCUCCCCCCCCUCCCCUCCCGGGAGGGACGGAGACGAGCGAGGUGAGAAACGCAGAGCGACCCGAGAUGACUCUCUGCUGGUUUCCUUCGUCUGUAAGCUUCACCCCAAGAAGGGGAACUUCUUAGUGGCUCAGGCGAAGGAGCUCGGUCUGCCUGUAGGCACGUCGGCCAUCGGCCCGCUCAUCGCGGCGCUGAAAAGCGGCAGAAGUGUCGAGUACGAAGGCAAAGAGAUCCGGCCGGAGCAGGUCUGCACCCCCACGGACCCCGGGCCCGUCUUCCUGGUCGUGGAGUGUCCGUCUGAGGACUUUGUGGAGGCCGUCUGCACCAACGAGCAGCUCAGAAGGCACCAGGCCGCGGCGGGGGAGGACUCGGCGGCGCUGGUGGCCCACAUGGCUCCGGAGUGCGUCCUGUCCACGGAUCAGUACAGACGGUGGAUGCAGAGGUUUCCGCCCACAACACAACACCUGAUCCUGAACGAACAGGUCGGCGCCGUCCACAACGUGAGGAGUCACAAGAUCCAGGCCCAGCUGAACAUGAUCCACCGCGACAUCUUCCCCGAGCUCCAGUCCUACCGAUCCAAGGAGGCUGCGGCUGAGCUUCUGGUCCCCAGCGUCCGCGCCGAGUGUCUCCUCAAGUUCCAGCUUCGGCCCGUGAUGGAGUGGCAAAGAGAUGCCGUCCCCUCCUGCUGCGCCGAGGACUUUGUCAAGGAGGCGUCUGAGGUCCCCGGCUUCCUGGAGGAGGUGGAGCGGUGCAGGAAGGUCUGCUCCACCGACGCCGCCCCCCCCCCAGCCGGGGCGGAGCACCCGGAGGUGGUGUUCCUUGGAACCGGCUCGGCCCUCCCCAUGAAGAUCAGAAACGUCAGCGGCACCCUGGUGAACAUCAGUCCGAGCCAGUCGCUGCUGCUGGACUGCGGGGAGGGAACCUUCGGUCAGCUCUGCAGACACUACGGAGACGCCGUGGACGAGGCUCUGUGCAAGAUCUCCUGCGUGUUCAUCUCCCACCAGCACGCCGACCACCACACGGGGCUGCUCAUGCUGCUUUAUCAGAGGGAACGCGCACUGAGGACGUUGGGGAAGACCUUCAGCCCCGUGGACCUGGUGGCCCCCGGCCACAUCAUGAACUGGCUCGGCCAGUACCACGACUACUGCGAGGAGAUCCUCCACCACAUCAACCUCAUCCCCAACAAAGCUCUCUGUGACGGCAGCGAGGCGCCCGGCCAGAGGACCAGCGCCUUGAUCCAAGCGCUGCUGAAGAAGAACGAUCUGCAGAAGUUCCAGACCUGCGCCGUGCGUCACUGUAAGAACGCCUUCGCCUGCAGCUUCACGCACCGAGCCGGAUGGAAGUUGGCCUUCUCCGGCGACACCAUGCCCUGCGACGCCUUCGUGCACACCGGAAAGAACGCGACGUUGCUGAUCCACGAGGCCACGCUGGAGGACGGGCUGGAGGACGAAGCCGUGGAGAAGAGACACAGCACGACCUCGCAGGCCAUCGGCAUCGGGAUGAGGAUGAACGCCGACUUCAUCAUGCUGAACCACUUCAGCCAGCGCUACGCCAAGAUCCCGCUCUUCAGCGAGGACUUCAGCGACCGCGUGGGGAUCUCCUUCGACCACAUGAGGAUUCGCUUCUCAGACUUUAAAAUCCUCCCCCGGCUCGUUCCGGCGCUCAAAACCCUUUUCGCCGAGGAGAUCGGCGAGAUGGAGGUCAGGCGGGAGAGGAGGGAGCUGAGGAACCCGAGAGGAAGCGGCUCCUCCGAGGCGACCAGGAGGGACCGCGAGGAGGCGGAGCCUCAGGGCCAGCAGGCCAAGAGGCCGAAGAUCAGCUGAGGCCCCCCAGGGGCCGGCUAAAGAGUGACUUUUAACCCAGAGCCCCAUGAGUUCUUUUAUUUAAGAGGUUUUUUUCUAUUAUUUGGCUUGUGUGGUUUUCAAUGAUGAAAUAAAAUCCUGUUUAUUUCCUGCGUUGCAGUGAAGAAAACUGAGCUAUAAUUAUAGUUUGUUUUCAUGUAAACACAAUAAAAGGAGAUCACACAUG